AAGGGAAGAAGAUUAUAUUACAAACUUGGAAUCGGAGUUGCUUCAAAUGCCUAAAAACAAGGGUAAUCUUCCCCUGGUUCAGUGGCCCCUUUUUCUUCUUGCCAGCAAGAUAUUUCUAGCAAAGGAUAUUGCUGUUGAGAGACGGGAUUCACAAGACGAGUUGUGGGAGCGUAUUUCAAGAGAUGACUAUAUGAAAUAUGCAGUACAGGAAUGUUACCAUGCAAUUAAGCUCAUCUUAACAGAAUUACUGGUUGGGGAAGGAAGGACGUGGGUUGAAAGGGUAUUUGAAGACAUUCAAGCUAGUAUAGCAAACAAUUCCAUUCAAAAUGACUUCCAGCUAAAUAAGCUACCACUUGUGAUUACAAGAGUAACUGCUCUGACGGGUAUUCUGAAAGAGCCAGAAACUCCGGAGCUCGAAAUAGGUGCUGUUAAGGCUGUUCAAGAUUUGUAUGAUGUUGUGCACCAUGAUAUCCUUUUUGGUGACAAGAGGGGGCAUUAUGAAACAUGGAACAUAUUGGUAAAAGCUAGAAAUGAAGGUCGCCUGUUUACAAAGUUAAAUUGGCCCAAAGAUCCAGAAUUG